CAAGUCAGUCAAGUCAGUCACAAAGACAAGCUGCAGUAAAGUCGCAAGAAUAAGCAAGAAGAAUUGAAGUAAGCAAGAGGUAUGUGUUAGCAAAUGUUUGAGUUUUCUGUGCGUUUGCUAAAAACAGGUAGCAGAUGAGGUAAAAUUAUUGUCAAAUUAUUGUUACAGCUUUGUUACAUAUACAGUACGUAUGAAUACAGUACGUAAUCAGCUAUCAUUUAAAGGCUUUCAAAAAUUAUUGGGUUAACAAAAUGAACUUUUAAAAAAGAUUUUAUAAAUCAGCACGAUUUUGUACAAAAUUUAAACAAGCUCCUCAACAGUCAUGAUUUACUUUGUGUAUUGCUCAAAUCCCACGACAAAAAAAAACAUUGAAAGCAAAUGGUCUUUUUUCUGUGUAUAGCUGAAGUUCGCGAUGGUUUCCAAAGUGUUGGUGAUGAUAUUACUGAUGGUAGCAAUUCACGAAGCCAUUGGUGGCUGUCCAAGAAACUGCUGGAGAAAUAACUGGAGAAAACGUGAUCGGGAAGCGAGAAAGCAUGCAAUGUACCACAAUAGAUGUUCAUAGAAGGAGGGCGGUUGGUUUGGAGGGCGGUGCUACUGCUAUGGACCACCAAGAUGUAAACGUGCGCCACGCUUCAAAUGCGCACGUAACUGUUGGCACAAUAAUUGGCGUCACAGAGAUGCGCGUGCAAAAGCUGCGAAUCAGUUCGGCAGAAGAUGUUCAUAUGGGUAUCAAUGGGGUGGACGGUGUUAUUGUUAUGGAUCGCCAAUUUGCCGUUAAUUAGAACUUGAUUCAUUUGGCAAAUAUAGCAAGGAACUUGGUUACUCUGAGAACAAGCAAUUUAGUAGUAGAACUUGAUUAAUUUCAUAACUAAGCAAUUAGAACUUGAUUAAUUUG